AUGACCACAACUGCCAACAAAGUGGACCGAAAGACAAACGAAGUGUACGUUUACUCCAGUGAUGGCCAACUCGUGGGCUACGGAGGUAUCUCGAAGUCGAGUCCAUUGUCCAACUUCUACAAGACGUCGUUCACAUACAGUGGCCAUCGGUUCCAGUACUCCGAGUGCGCCAUAAUGUACGAGAAGGCCAUCACUUUCGGCGAUCAUAAGACUGCCGACAAUGUACUCAAAUGCACGACUCCUGCGGCCGCCAAACGUCUGGGCCGUCGUGUGAAGCCAUUUGAUCCCAAGAAGUGGCGGGACGUGAGGGAUGAGAAAGUGCCACAAAUACUGUACGAGAAGUUCACACAAAACCAGACACUCAAGGAUUGGCUCAUUUCCACCUCCGGUGCUGUCUUGGCUGAGAUCGCCAUUCAGGACAUCACCGGACGGAUCAAAUACAAGGACAGGAUAUGGGGCGUCACUAUUGGACAGUACCAUCAGGACAUCGAUAAGCCCUCGCUAUGGCAUAAAUACGGCGACAACUUCUUGGGUAAUACCCUCAUGUCUGUCCGACAGACCAUUUUGGAUGAGACCGAAGACCAAUUGAUAAGUGACUUGAAAUUAGUCAACAACACCUAUAAGUCGAUACUCGAGUGGAAAGUGAGACAAAUCACUAAAUUGACGGAUCAGUUGAGACAACUGACAGACACCACGUGUGGCGAAGAGCACAUCCACACCGAUGACAAUGACACCCAAUCGUCAAGCCAUGGAUCCGUUCAGAUGAACGCCAAUAACAAUAAUCUAUUCAUUUUUGCCACACAAUUGCUCUCAAAUAGUGAUCAAACAAAUAAAGACACCGCUAAUGGACAUGUCCACCAAUCGGGUCCACAGAACGAUAGCAUUAGUGAUACUAAACCACUAGAUAACAGAUACUCGGAUGGCGUGCAAUGUGUGCAGACGUUAUCCAUUGACAACUCCCGAGGAAUA